UGCAGCAGCAGCAGGCAGCGUCUUGCUUUGGUAAAAGCGGAGAUUGAGAUUCCCCUCAGCAGCAUCCAUUUAAGCAUCACUGUUACACUGGUCAGAACAGCCACAUCUUCCCCGGGACCGACCACUCCUCACUGGGAUGUCGUCGUCGAGCUACGGCGCGGAUUUAGUCGUGAGAACUGAUGAUAGAGGAGACUUUUCCGUUGGUUUCUUUUGACUGGAAGGGAGCGGAGCGACGAUGGAUGAAGGCAGGAGGAGACAAAUAAAAUUCUGAUAAUCGCUGAGGUUUUAGCUGGCUAGCACGCUAACGUUAGCCAAACCUCAGAUGGUCGUCGGUUGUUUUUUCCUCUCCCCUUUUACUGACCGAUUGGGUGUUUUCCUCCGUGAAUAAACACUCCUUAAUUUUUUUUAUACGGAUGUCGAGACAUGCUGGAGCCAAUGAGGACAUUUCUCUCAAGGAUAAAAGCACCGUAGCUGUCUACUAGCCUCCCAGCGUUAGAGCUAGUUAGCUGAAAUCCAUUAUUAUUGUUUUUUUUCAUUUCUCGUUAAUUCCAUCUAUGUGAAGAACAAGAUGCGGCCAGAGGAAGAGUGUGUCUAACGGGGAAGCUGAACUCGCAUGUACACAGACUCCAUGAAGGUCAUGAUACCGAGAGAAUGAUCAUGCUGGAAAAACAGAGCUCGACGCAGGAGAUUGGCGAGGAGGCCGAGGACGACGCCAUCUUCACCAUCACGCUAAGGAAGGUGCAGCUUCACCAGUCGGCCAGUAAGGGGCAGCGAUGGCUCGGCGUGGAGACGGACUCGGCCCUGAGCCUUUACGAGACCUGCAAGGUGCGGACCAUUAAGGCCGGCACGCUGGAGAGGCUGGUGGAGUACAUGGUGUCGGCCUUCAGGGGCAAAGACUCCACCUACGUCACCAUCUUCCUCUGCACCUACCGCUCCUUCGCCAGCACUAAGCAGGUGCUGGAUCUCCUGCUCCACAGGUAUGCCAAGCUGCAAAACGUCCCCGCAGCCGCAGCGCACAGAGUCUCCCAGGACGACAGCACAGAGCUGAGAAACACUGUUUCAUCCAUCCUGGGCGCGUGGCUGGACCAGUACUCUGAGGACUUCUGGACCCCUCCAAACUACGACUGUCUGCACCAGCUCAUGUCCUACCUCCACCGCCACUUCCCCGGCUCGGACCUGGAGCGCCGCGCCCGCAACCUGCUGGCCCACUUUCACCGCCGACAGCAGUGUGAGCCUGAUCCUGAUGGUAUGAAGGCAGGACAGGAGAGGGACAACAACAGGGCAGGGACUUCAGAAAAAGGGGGGGAACACAUCGGCUGCCCUUUUGCUACGCAGGAAGAGAGUGGCUUUGAGGACGAGCUUCCUGCUUUCAGUUUCCUGUCGUUUGACCCCAUCAUGGUGGCAGAGCAGUUCACGCUCAUGGACGCGGAUCUGUUUAAGAAGGUGGUGCCGUACCACUGCCUGGGGGGGAUCUGGUCUCAGCGGGACAAGAAGGGGAAGGAGCACCUGGCUCCCACCAUCAGAGCCACUGUGGCCCAGUUCAACUCCGUCACCAACUGUGUCAUCACCACCUGCCUGAGCAACCCUGCGCUGAAGCCCAACCAGAGAGCCAGGCUGCUGGAGAGGUGGAUAGACGUGGCUCGGGAGUGUCGGAUCCUGAAGAACUUCUCCUCUUUGCGAGCCAUCCUCUCCGCCCUGCAGUGCAACGCCAUCCAUCGCCUGAAGAGGACCUGGGAGGAAGUGUCAAGGGAGAGUUUCCGCACCUUCCGGGAGCUGUCCGAGAUCUUCUCAGACGACAACAACUACUCCCUCAGCCGAGAGCUGCUGGUGAAGGAGGGUACCUCCAAGUUCGCCACUUUGGAAAUCAACCCUAAACGAGCUCAGAGGAGACACCAGCAGCAGAGAGACCUGGGAGUGAUGCAGGGGACGAUUCCUUACCUGGGGACGUUCCUGACGGACCUGGUUAUGAUGGACACCGCCAUGAAGGACUACACCGAGGGUGGUCUGAUCAACUUUGAGAAGAGAAGAAAGGAGUUUGAGGUGAUCGCUCAGAUCAAACUGCUUCAGUUGGCCUCCAACAACUACAGUUUUACUCAGGACAGCCACUUCAGGGAGUGGUUCGCAGGCGUGGAGAAACUCAGCGAGGCAGAGAGCUACAAUCUGUCCUGUGAGAUCGAGCCUCUGUCAGAGUCGGCCAGCAACACGCUCCGAGCCAAGAAGAACGGAGGAAUCAUGAAGCGCUGGAGCGACCGGCAGUUGACGGAGGCCGGCUGCAGCGGUGGCCCAGGCUCUCAUUCAAAGUCCUUUGACCACUCGCACUACAGACCGUAUCAAGGAGGCGGGGGGGACAGCGGCGACGCUCUCAGUGUCACCUCCGUCAGCUCUAGUGGUUCCGACCUGGAGGACGUGAACGCCAGCUUCCUGUCCGAUUCUCCGGAGGGACACGAGAGAAAGGUGAGGAAGAAAGACGGGAUAGAGAAGUCCCUGCAAACAUUUACAAAAACGUCGACUCCUUCGGUGAAACUAACCGUCUCUGCCUUGGGGAGAGAAGCUUCGGCAGCAGAUACAACCUCAACGUUCUGGGAGUGCACGUCUCUGUCGUCUCUGGACGCCUCCGGGACGGGCUCCAGCUCCGGUUCGGCCUCGGGCUCCAGCAGCGCCUCCUCCUCUUCCGUCUCCUCUUCCACGCCGCUGUCCGCCUCUCGCUCUCACAAACGCUCGGUGUCUGCGGUGUCCAACUACUCGACUCUGUCGCUGCCGCUGUACAACCAGCAGGUGGACGACUGCUGCAUCAUCAGGGUCAGCCUGGACGUGGAGAACGGCAACAUGUACAAGAGCAUCCUGGUGACGAGUCAAGACAAGACUCCCGUCGUCAUCAGGAAGGCGAUGAUCAAACACAACCUGGAGCGAGAGAAGACAGAGGAAUACGAGCUGAUGCAGAAAAUCUCUGAGGACAAAGAGCUUCGGAUCCCCGACAACGCUAACGUCUUCUACGCCAUGAACUCCACUGCCAACUACGACUUUGUGCUGAAGAAGCGUGGCUUGGCCCGGCCGAUGCGGGCCAAGAACGUGGCCAGCUCCACACUUCCUCGCAUGAAACAGAAGGGACUGAAAAUUGCUAAAGGGAUAUUCUGAGGAGAAACGCACCACUUCCUGCCUCCCCUCCAAUCCCCUUAUCCCUCUCUGGUGUCCACUCCUCAGAAGAAACAUUUGUGUUCGGGUCUGUUGGAGGGGGAAACUAACCUCAAGUAUCGGACGUUUGGUUUGAACGAAGACUGAGACGCCAGAGGAGAUAAAUGACCAAGUAACCUUUCUGUGGAUUAGCAGGAAGCAGAGGAGCACCUUAGCACUUAGGAACAGCUGUCGCGUCAUCAGGACCUUCCGAGGACUUUAAAAGGCAGAGUGUGUCGCAGGAAAACGCCCUGAUAGAAGCUGUUUCCAUGAAGGACACAUUUGUGGGACCAGCUGUGUUGGUGUGUGGCGCCGCGGCCCGGUGGCUGAACCAGUCGAACUCUCCGCCAGCCUCCACUCGCUCUGAAAUGUCACGAAACUUGUUGUGUCGUCUUGUGGAGAUGCAGAUCCAUUUCAUUUCCUGGUCCAUUACUUUUUUGUUUACAACUGUUUACAUCGUAACUCUACCACUUAAAGAGUUUUUUGUUCUUUGCACCAUCGAUAAAACAGAUUUUUAAAACGCCAGAUUUCCUUGGCAGCAUUCAUCUCUGUACUUCAGCCCCCCCCCCGGCAUGGAGUGUACAUACAAGAACAAU